AUGGCUAGCACUGCGGUCGACGUCUUUGAAUAUCUCCCAGAGCAUCGGCUUGCGGUGUGUCGAACCUGCCACUUUGCGGUCUUGCCUAGCCAGGCCACCACCCACCUAGCGCACCAUCAUCGCGACAUCCCAGCCAGAUUGCGGCCUGCAAUCGUUCGGGAGCUAGCCGGGUGGCCAGACAUCUGCCAGCAGCCCAGUAGCGGCGUAGCACCGGCCGGGGUGCCGGAACCGUUCUCGAGUCUGGCUCUGUUCACAGACGGGCUCCAGUGCCAGCUUGAGCCCCAAGCCUGUCGGUAUAUCUGCAGAUCACUAGGGACGUUACGGGGCCACUGGCGUCGAGCCCAUCAGUGGGCACCGGGAACUCACGGAGGCUGCCGAAGCUCACAGAGGCAGGCGGCGGCAGCACAGCGGCGUGCAGAUGCCUAUCGAUCGGUCUGGUGCCAGCGCUUCUUUGUUGCUCACGGCGGCACACCGUACUUUGAAGUAGCUCGGCCAGCCCAGCACCUACGCACACUCGACAAGUCUCUGGCCGAAGGGGAGCAGGAGCGGCAGCAGCAGCAGGAGCAGGGGCAGGAGCAGGACGACUCGUUCCUACAGGAUGUGCUUGCAGACCUUGCUGGAAGAGAGGCUACCAGUAGUGUAGUGCACGGAGGGGUCCAGAGGCCGCGGCACCAGCAGGAGGUGUCGCCCUGGCUGGAACUAACCCGCUGGGCAGGCUACCUCUCUGGCCAUCCCCUGCCGGAACUCGCCGCUCUAGCAGCAGUGCCAGACCCUAGCGUCUGUAAUGACGAGAUCAACGUCUUCGACCAGAGCCGGAUCAACAGCUUCCUCCAGCAGUCGCGCGCGAGCGAUCGGCCCCUUAUGAUCAAGCUGCAGAAGUCAACCUGGCGCAGGUAUACUAGUGUGUGGAAGGCGCUCUUGUGCUUUGUAUGCCGGACAGCCGACGCAGACUGUCCGAUUGCGCUAGAGCAUCGCUUUACUAGCUACCAGGCGGCCUGCCUCGACAGCACUCUUGCGAAUGCGAGGGCCUUGCAGCAUGCUGCGGUAACAGAUGUGGACGUAGCCUGUCCUGCGGCCGUGGAGCAGGCGAGGGACCGGCUCGAUGCAACAUGUCUUGAUCUCUGCAUUGCCCUCCUUGAUCAGGAUCUGAGGGGCCGUCUGUACGAGAGCGCUACCGUGGGCUUCCUUGCCGUCCUAGGGAUUGAUGUGGCUAGGAAUAACCUCCGGGAGGCCUACUGUUUCAGCCCGAGGCUCUCUGGCUUUAUCAAGAUCUCGCAGCUCCUUACUAUCUAG